CUCCAUCUUGUUGGCAAUGCUUGCGACGACAAAAGCCGCUGGCCGUGCUCGUGGUGUCGAUCUCCUCCCUGCGUGCAACGCCUUACCCCUGGAAGAAAUUCUAAGCAGCAGCAGCAGUGACCGAGACCUCACUGCGUCAUGUCAUCGUCCUCGGUCCACAUCGCGCGUUCCGGAGCGGGCCAGCAGUAUGGUGGCACCAGCAGCACGUAUGCCGCGGCUGCGGCAGCCUCUGCCUCUGGCUCAAACCCCAAGACACGCAUCGCCGUCAUGACCUCCGGUGGAGACUCUGCGGGGAUGAACGCAGCGGUGCGAGCGGUGGUCAAGAUGGCCAUCUACAAGGGCUGCGAGGCGUACGUCGUCCGCGAGGGAUGGGAGGGCCUCGUGCGUGGCAACGCGGCCGCCAGCGAGCCGCCCAGUCCGGCGAUCCGCCCGGCUGAUGCUGCGUCGGCUGGCACAAGCACUGCUUUCAUCCCAACGUACGGCGAUGGAGAGUUGUUGAGAGAGGGCGUGGGCGAAGCCGAAGAGCUCGGGCUCAAAGGGAAAUACAUCAUCAAGGUCGGAUGGGACGAUGUGCGCGGAUGGAUGAAUCAGGGAGGCACUCUCAUCGGCACGGCUCGCUGCGCUGCCUUUCGCGAGAUUGAAGGGCGGCGAACGGCCGCAUACAACCUCAUCUCUCAUGGCAUCGACGCACUCGCCGUUUGCGGCGGUGAUGGCAGCCUGACGGGCGCCGACCUCCUGCGCGCCGAGUGGCCUGAACAUAUGGCCGCGCUGCUGAGCGAAGGGCGCAUCACGCAGGCGGAGUUUGCGCGCUAUCAGCACCUGCGCAUCGUCGGCCUCGUCGGGUCAAUCGACAACGACCUCAGCACAACAGACCUGACCAUUGGCGCGUCAACGGCGCUCGCGCGCGUGUGUGAGGCAGUCGACAGCAUCUCGUCCACCGCCGCGUCGCACAGCCGCGCCUUCGUCGUCGAGGUCAUGGGCAGGCACUGUGGAUGGCUCGCGCUGCAGGCCGGUAUCGCUACAGGCGCCGACUACAUCUUCAUCCCUGAGCAGCCUCCGCUUUGCAGCAGUGAGGCCAGCUCCAAUGGCGCCGGGGAAGACAGCGGCAACGAAGACGACUGGUCACGCGACAUGUGCACCGUUCUGCAAAAGCAUCGCGAGCUCGGCAAGCGCAAGACGAUCGUUAUCGUUGCCGAGGGCGCGCACGACAAGCACCUCAACCCAAUUCGCGCAGACGCGAUCAAGACUGUGCUCAGCGACAAGCUCGGCCUCGACACGCGCGUCACCACGCUCGGGCACACGCAGCGCGGCGGCAAGCCUGACGCGAACGACCGCGUGCUCGCGACGCUGCAAGGCGUCGAGGCAGUCAAUGCGCUGCUUGAGGCGACGCACGCGACGCCGUCGUACGUCAUCGGCAUACAGGAGAACAAGAUCACACGCAUCAGCCUCAUGCAUGCCAUCCAGCAGACGCAGCAGGUCGCCGCGGCCAUCGAGCAACGGGACUUUGCAAAGGCGCUCAAGUUGCGCGACGCAGGCUUCGAGGAGGACCUCCGCGCGUGGCAUCUCAUCAGCAAGGUCGACGAGUCACAGAAGCUCCCACUGGACAAGCGUGUGCGGAUAGGCAUUAUGCACGUCGGCGCGCCCGCAGGCGGCAUGAACGCCGCCACGCGAACUGCCGUGCGCUUCUGCAUCGCGCGCGGCCACACGCCUCUCGUUAUCUACAACGGCUUCACUGGCCUGCUCGCGGACAACGUCUCAGAACUCAACUGGCUCCGCGUCGACAACUGGACCACGCGCGGCGGCAGCGACCUUGGCACCAACCGUGUCCUACCGGACGUCGAUGUAGGCGCCGUCGCGAGCAAGCUGCAGCAUCAUCGCAUCGAGGGGCUUCUGCUCAUCGGCGGCUUUGAGGCGUUCAUGGCGGUCAAGAUCAUGGAUGAGAAGAGGGAGUCGUACCCAGCCUUCAGGAUCCCGAUUACCGCCAUCCCAGCGACGAUUUCGAACAACGUCCCGCUGAAUGAAUUCUCUCUUGGAUCCGACACGUCUUUGAAUGCGCUGGUCGACGCGUGCGACGCGGUCAAGCAGAGCGCCUCUGCGUCACGCAACCGCGUCUUUGUCGUCGAGACGCAGGGCGGCAAGUGCGGCUACAUCGCUGCAAUGGGCGCACUCGCCGCGGGUGCCGUGCUCGUCUACACGCCAGAAGAAGGCAUCAGCCUUACCCAGCUCGGCUCCGACGUCGAGUGGCUGCGGAGGCGUUUUGCACUUGACGUCAAGGGCAAGAGCGAAGGGAGGCUUGUCAUUAGGAACGAGAAAGCUUCCGAUGUCUAUACGACCGAGGUCAUUACCAAGAUCCUGAAGGAGGAGGGGAACUCCAUGUUCGACUCGCGCUCAGCCUCGCUGGGGCACACGCUGCAAGGUGGCACGCCUUCGCCCAUGGACCGCUGCCGUGCAACACGUCUUGCGAUGCGCUGCUGCCAGUUCCUUGAGGAGCACGCUAACGCGCACCGCAGCGCUGCGGGUAAAGGCGCCUGGAGCGGCGACACGGCGGUGAUCAUCACCGUCCGGGGCAGUGCACUUGCUUUCACCACCGCACAGGAGAUGGCAGAUGCGGCGGAUAUGAAGAAUCGCAGGGGCAAGACGGCCUGGUGGCACCCGCUCAAGCAGCUGACCGAGCUCAUGGGCGGCCGGACUGCCUUGGACGGCCAUUUCUAAGAGACUUUACGAAACCCAAAAGAGGGCGAAGGUACUGAA